AUGGGGCCUAUCAGCAAGUGGGGGACUCUGGAAUUACUGCCCCUUGGAGUGUGGCCGGUGGCCUUCAGACACCUCUGCCUGCUGCCAAGACCGAGGAUCGGCGUGGCCAUCGGCAACCAAAUCCUGGACCUCAGUGUCAUUAAGCACCUCUUCACUGGACCUGUCCUGUCCAAACACCAGGAUGUCUUUGAUCAGCCAACUCUCAACAGCUUCAUGGGCCUGGGUCAGGCUGCCUGGAAGGAGGCGAGAGCUUUCUUGCAGAAUUUGCUGUCUGCCAGUCAUGCCAGGCUCAGAGAUGACACUGAGCUUCGGAAUCGUGCUUUCGUGUCCCAGGCUUCUGCCACGAUGCACCUUCCAGCUGCCAUUGGUGACUACACAGACUUCUACUCCUCCCGGCAGCAUGCCACAAAUGUCGGGAUCAUGUUCAGGGGCAAGGAGAACUCGUUGAUGCCCAAUUGGUUGCAUCUGCCGGUGGGCUACCACGGCCGUGCCUCUUCCAUCGUGGUAUCUGGCACCCCGAUCCGAAGGCCUAUGGGACAGAUGAGACCCGAUGACUCUAAGCCGCCUGUGUAUGGUGCCUGCAAACUCCUGGACAUAGAGUUGGAAAUGGCUUUCUUUGUAGGGCCGGGGAACAAACUUGGGGAGCCGAUCCCCAUUUCCAAGGCCCACGAGCAUAUUUUCGGGAUGGUCCUCAUGAACGACUGGAGUGCUCGAGACAUUCAGAAGUGGGAGUACGUCCCUCUCGGGCCAUUCCUGGGAAAAAGUUUCGGAACCACCAUCUCUCCAUGGGUGGUGCCCAUGGACGCCCUCAUGCCCUUUGUGAUGCCCAACCCAGAGCAGGACCCCAAGCCCCUGCCAUACCUCCGCCAUGACCAGCCCUACACAUUCGACAUCAACCUCUUUGUCGCCCUGAAAGGAGAAGGAAUGAGCCAGGCAGCGACCAUAUGCAAGUCCAAUUUUAAGUACAUGUACUGGACGAUGCUGCAGCAGCUCACUCAUCACUCUGUCAAUGGCUGCAACCUGCAGCCUGGGGACCUGCUGGCUUCUGGAACCAUCAGCGGGCCGGAGCCAGAAAGCUUUGGCUCCAUGUUGGAGCUGUCGUGGAGGGGGACCCAGGCCAUCGAACUAGGGAAUGGACAGACCAGGAAGUUCCUGCUGGAUGGAGAUGAAGUUGUCAUAACAGGACACUGCCAGGGGAAUGGCUACCGAGUCGGCUUCGGCCAGUGUGCUGGAAAAGUGCUGCCCUCUCUCUCGCCGGCAUGAGGUUCUCUCUGGCUGGUGUCCUGGAAACAAAGGGCUGGGACCCCCCACCUGUGUCCGGAAACCAGGCCCCCUGUGGCUGGUGGCCGGUUCCUCCUUCAGUAACAAUAAAGCCUCUGUGUUCUGUG